GAUGGUCUAGUAGUCAUGUCCGCAUAAUACUUUGUUCGUCUUUAAUAAUAAUAAGUAAAUAAAAACUGUCAAACUCCACGCUGGGACAGGGGCAGGUGUAACUGAGCAGGUAACGUCCUCCGGCUGGUCACGGAGCCUCCUGCAGGGAAGUGUCCACUCCCACACCGACAUGGCUGCUGCAGUCAGGAUGAGGACGUGGAUCUGUCCGACCAGAGGACUUUUUAAUCCAUGGGCAGUCCUUUUUGUAGUUCUCCUCAUCGGUAUAAAUGAGGCUGCUGCAGCACCAGAACCAGGACUUUGGAAAAUCACAGUUGUAAAUACCUCACGACCACUGCUGUUAAGGAAAUCCAUGUAUAAAGACACCAACAUUGAAAUGAAAGUUGUGCCUUUUAGCUGUCCUGAGGAGAUGACCUUCUCUAUUCACUGGUAUUUAAAAUACUACCCCUGUCACAAUGAAUUCAACAAUAUUGAAGAAAUGUAUGAGAGAACACCUCUUAAUCGUGGGGAGGGCCUGGAUCCAAAUCCCCUCGGGCAAGGAGAGUGCAUUGAACAUAAACACAGUCCCAUAACGUGUAACAAUGCACUGCGAUCCUUUCCAAUGCUCAGAAAAGCCAAGGCAGAUCCACGUCCAGUCAGUCCACCUGUUGAGGGUGAAGUGCCUGAUGAGAAUGAAACCAGAUGGAUGACGGAGGAAUAUGACAGCAGCAGUGCGAAGAACGGCAGUGUAAACAUCCAAGAAAACGUCAUAGCAACCACGUGGAAGGACGGGCCUUACCUGCUGGUUGUUAAGAUUGUGUCUAAUAAACCGGAUGCCAACUGGAAUCUAACAGUUAACGUGGUGAUGAAAGGCAGCCACGGCUACAUUUCUAUCACAGAAUGGCCUCUCAUGAUUUUCUACAUGGUGAUGUGCAUAGUGUACAUCCUGUACGCCCUGCUGUGGUUUAUCUGGGCAGCGUGCUACUGGAAGGAUCUGCUGAGGAUCCAGUUCUGGAUAGCAGGGGUCAUAUUUCUGGGGAUGGUGGAGAAGGCUGUCUUCUGCGCCGAAUAUGAAAACACAAAUGCUGUCGGCUCCGCCUCUCCAGGCUUGUUGAUCUUUGCCGAGCUGGUCUCUGCCCUCAAGAGGACUUUGGCUCGAUUGCUUGUCAUCAUCGUCAGCCUUGGCUAUGGAAUUGUUAAGCCUAGACUUGGGCAAGUAAUGCACAGAGUUGUGGGUCUCGGCAUUCUCUACUUUGCCUUUGCUAGCAUUGAAGGUGUCCUGAGGAUUACUGGGGCGAAAGACUCUGACUUGGCCCUGCUGGCCAACAUUCCCCUGGCUCUGCUUGACUCCUCUCUAUGCUGGUGGAUCUUUGUCAGCCUGGCACAAACCAUCAAGACUCUGAAGCUGAGGAGAAACCCUGUCAAGUUGUCUCUCUACAGACACUUUACAAACACACUAAUAUUUGCUGUCAUUGCUUCCAUUAUUUUCAUGGGUUGGACAGCAAAAAAGUUCCGCCUCGCAGAUUGCCAGUCUGACUGGAUUGAGUUGUGGGUGGAAGAUGCUUUCUGGAGGUUUUUGUUCUCAGUCAUUCUGUUCGUAAUUAUGUUUCUAUGGAGACCGUCUGCAAACAACCAAAGGUACGCGUUCACUCCUCUCAUCGAUGACUCUGAUGAUGAGGAGAUUGAGGAGUUCAUCGCCUCUACAAACCUCUCUGAUGGCAUAAAGUUGAGAGUCUCUAAAAACGAGUCGAACGGCUCAGCGAAGCCUGCAGAAACAAACCCUGAGGACGACUUGAAGUGGGUGGAGGACAACAUUCCUAACUCUCUGACUGAUGUAGCUCUGCCAGUCCUGCUCGACUCAGAUGAGGAAAUCAUGACGACCAGAUACGAGAUGUCAAAGCUGGAGUGAGGCAAAACAUUUCCACAUGUGGAGGAAGAACAUAGCAGCUGUCCCACUACUCUGUCUCGAGUAGUGGUGGUGAUGGUGAUGGUGGAGUGCCAUUUAGUUUUUCAGGUGAUCUUCCUGCACCGCUUCUUCUUCACAGCGUGGUGCAGGCUACAAUUAAGGGGCAGCUCCGCUCACUUCCUCCACUUCUCAAGAGCAAAGGACUCUAACAGAGGAAAACUGUCUUUUCACUGACCAACUGGUUCACUAUGUCCCUGAUUCUGAUCAGUUUCGAGCCUUUCUUUCCAAAGAGAAUGUUUUAUUUUAUAUUAAGUGCUGUAUUUAUUCCUGUUAUGUUCUUGUGAAUUUAUUUUUGUCAGAGAAUUAAGAACAGUGGGCCUCAUGCAAAAACAUACUUGUUAAGUGUCUUUUUGCAGAUGUUAUUGGAUGGUUGUUAAGAAAAGAAAAAAGCUUAUUUAUAAUGAGAAAAUAAUUAAAAAGCCUUUUCUCUCAGUAAUUAACACCAAGAAUGAUUAGUCUAAGCUAUUUUUGCAGCCAGAAGAGAGACAGAGAUUUUUCUUUAUGUAUAAAUAUAUAAUUGUGAAGUUGGGUAAACUGUAUGUAUUUUUCAUGUGACGCACACUUCUUCUUUUCGUUUUCUUUGCCAAUGUUUAAAUUUGAGAUGAAAAGAACUUCAAACACUUUGAAUAGGACAUUUGCUGUUAUGCACUUUGAAGAUCAAAGCUGUGCCUACAUGUAGUUGUUGUAUGAGGCCUCAUCUGUUCAGGUAAUUGAGAACAAUAUGUUUGAAGAUGUCGUUCACGUCUCCGGCAUCCUCAGUAUUCGUUUGUGAAUGCGUGUGAGGAGGGAUGAAGCACAAACAAGUGAUUUGUACAAUUUGAAUUAAAAUGUAACUGGGCUCAGUGGUGUAGAUUUGGGGAUUUUCAGUCAUGUUUUGAAUCUACUGUAUGUGUGUGUGGGUAGGCAGGUUUUUUGUCUUCUGAAGUAAGGAGCAAUAUGCUGUUUGUAUGCUAAUUUUAUUAUUUAUUUGUGUCUCAAGUGUACUUAUACGUUGUUAAAGAGUGUUCUCCCAUGUUUACUCUCAAGUGUGUUUACAGUGUGUGCUUCCAUUUUUUUUAAUGCAUUGGGCCCUGAAUAAUCUCACAAUGUUAUAGACAAACAACAAACUGCAGCUUGUUUCUUAUUGCUUUUCUUUUCUUUGCUGAUAAAAAAAACUAGAGUUUUCACAGACACCUUAAUAACAUUCAUGUCCUGUCAAAUAAGUCUUAAUAUUCUUUCUGUUUCUGAAAAUGUCUGCCCCAGUGUUUUUGUCAGUGUAAUUUUGGAGUCGUCUUUCAUUACAUGUGUGUAAAUUUAACAGCAGGACUUGUCUGUCUAGGACAUCCCAUAUUAUGACACAUUAGAUAAGUUAUGAGUUUAGCAUAAUGUCACUGUUUUUUUAUUGGUUGGAAACCUGGAAUAAUUGUGCUUAUUAUGGCAAGCUGUCCUUCUGUUAUAUAAAACUGCAGACACCUGCAGUGGACCUCGAUUAUUUGUACAGAUGGGAUUUGGCUGAUUCCUGUUAUUUCAUAAUUCCACAGGUGGAGAGGUGUCUGGAUAAAAUGACUUGUCUUUUUUUUUCUUUCUUUAUUUUCAUGAGUGUCACGAAGAACUGGGCUUUUCAUACCAGCAGUUUUCUUCUUUCUUCCUUCUCGGGAAGUGUGUACACUCAGAUUAAAUAUUAAUCAAACACAGGAGAAUGUUUGUUUCCUGGUCUAUGAUUUUCAGUAUUAAUUUGGCAAUAAAAAUACAUAUUUUA